GAAACACACAAGAAGAAUCCUUUAUCGAUAUAUUGACUUGCUGACACUUGUGACCACAGGCUUUUUUCACUGUAAGAAACCCAUUUGUAUUUACAACCAUAAUUUACCCUGAUCAAGCUUCUUUUAAAUUUCUGGGCACGUGGGUGUGUUUCAGUUUUUCUGGACAAUUAGAUCCCUGCUGGGGACGAGACUGUGACGUGUCGCAGUAGGAAGCUUGUUCAUUUUGUUGUAACUUGAUAGCUUAUAACCAUGGCUACGUGUUUAUUGAGUCUAGUAAUUUGCAACACAGCUCCACCCAACAGCAACCCGAGGAGAGGCCUCAUGAAAACACCUCAGAGCACAAUGUUGAACAGGGAUGCCAUAAUUGGAUACAGUCGUGCACACAAUAUUUGAGUUGUCUUUUGGCCAAAGACAUAUCUGGUAUCUGAAGUUUGCAGCUGAGAGUGUUGACCCGUACACAUUCCCAGUGUGUGUGUGUGUGAAUUUAUGUGUGUGAUAUUUUGUCGCAGGAUAGCGUUUGUGCACCACCACAGCAGUGUUAUUGCGUGCAAUAUCUCCAGUAAGUGUGUUUUCCACAAGAACUGUUUUGGUUGGCGCCGAUACAGAUACGUACGUGUAGACUAAUCACUCAGCUCGGCGAUCAGUGGGCAUAUCCUGGCAUUGUCCUGCUGAGUGUGUUUGGUGGUGUCAGUCGGCAGGCGUUGAGAUUUGGACGCCUGACUUUCUGCCCUGCUUGAUAUAACCUGGCACAGGGGAUGGGUCUUAAAGGAAAGCCAGUGGUAGUUGGGCGGGGGUACGUUCUUUGCUAUAAAAUCAGUUCCAGGGUGUUUGAGCUUCUAACCAACCUCUCAGUUCAGUCCAUGUUUGAUUGACUGAGGCCAUCGCAGUAUGCCUUCACUGGGAGAGGUUUAAAAGUUCACAUUUGGAUUUUCUGAUUUUGGAUGUGUUUGUUUUUCCUUUGCAACUGUGUGGACUAACUGGAGCCAUGGAGGUCUACAUGGGAAGAUAUUUGCGGAUGAUGUUGGUUUUUCUACAUCUGGCAGCUAGCGUGGCAGGUCUGACAGGCAGAUGCAGCCUGUUUGGACGACAGCACAUUCACACCUUUGAUGGGGUUUUAUACGAGUUUCCUGGAGACUGCAGUUACCUGCUGGCUGGAGACUGCAGUCACCGCUCCUUCAUACUACUGGGUGAUUUUGUCAAUGGCAAAAGAACUGGAGUCACUCUGUUUCUGGGAGACGCCUUUGAGCUGCACCUGUCUGUAGACGGACGGCUCUCACAGGGGGAAAAAAAACUACCUGUGCCCUUUGCAUCUCAUGCGGUUUUCGUGGGCUCAGACCUCGGCUUCCACAAGCUCUGGAGCGAGGAGUUUGGCUUCGCCGUUACGAUUGAUAAUGCAGCCAAUAUCGCCGUGACAAUGACCAGACACAAUGCCAACCGGACCUGCGGCCUGUGCGGCAACUUCAACUCUGUGUCAGCUGAUGAAUACACCGCUCAAGAGGGAUUUCUAACGGAGAACAGUUAUGACUUUGCAAAUUCGUGGGAAGUGAAGGGUGCUGAUCAGUCCUGUCGACGAGUCUCAGAUCCUAGCCUGUCCUGUGACAGCACAAGAAAGAGUUCAGCGGUUUUGUCCAGCUGCAGCGUGUUGCAGACGUCCAGUGUGUUCCUGCACUGUGCCCACUUGGUCUCCUCCGAGGCGUUCCUGUCUCUGUGUCAGGAGGAGGCAUGCCACUGUGACCGGGGGGAGGCAGAGGACUGUUACUGCCCAAUCCUGCUGGAGUACGCGCGCACGUGUCACGCACACGGGAUACUCCUCCGUGGCUGGCUGCAGGAGAGUCAGUGCUUUCCCAAGUGUCCAAUCGGGAUGCAGUACAGUGAAUGCACCAAGUCCUGCUCUACCACCUGCCACAGUCUCAACAUCCAGGAGGUCUGCAAAGAAGAGUGUGUGGAUGGCUGUACAUGCCCCGCGGGCAAAGUGUUGGACGGUAACCGCUGUGUGGAGGUAUCUCAGUGCUCCUGUGUGCACAUGGGCCGGCAUUUCCCUCCAGGAUCCACCAUCUCUCAGGACUGCAACACCUGUGUUUGCCGCCACGGUUCCUGGGAAUGCACUAAUGAAGGCUGCCCUGGCGAGUGCUUGGUGGUCGGCCAGUCUCACUUCAAGACCUUUGACAACAAGUUCUUCACUUUCACGGGUCACUGUCAGUAUCUGCUGGCAAGGGACUGCACAAAUAACGGGUUUUCUGUCAUUAUUGAGAACGUACAGUGUGCCGAUGAUCAAGAUGCUGUGUGCACACGCUCAGUGACGCUCAGCCUGUCCUCUCUGGAGGACAUGACAGUGAAGCUAAAGCAUGGAGGAGUUGUCUCUGUCAACAGCAUGGACAUCCAGACCCCAAUGCAUCAUGGUCACCUGCAUAUCCAGAGGUCCGUGCAGUCUUCUGUGCAUGUGAAGUUCAGAGAUGACUUUCGUCUGGACUGGGAUGGGCGAGGCCGAGUGCUUUUAAAGCUGGGACCCCGAUGGGCGGGGCAGACCUGCGGCCUCUGUGGUAACUUUAAUGGUAACCAAGGUGACGACUUCUUGUCUGGAUCUGGUCUGGUUGAGGCGGGUCCUCAGGCGUUUGGACAAUCAUGGAGGAUCAAUGGAGACUGUGAAUCGACCCACAAACAUGAAAGCGAUCCGUGUGCCAUCAACCCCAAAAGAGUGCGUUUUGCAGAAGAGGCCUGUUCAGUGAUGAUGUCAGAGGUGUUCAGCGCAUGCCACUAUCUGGUGAACCCGGGUCCGUUCCAGCGGUUCUGCCGUUAUGAUGUGUGUGCGUGUGAGGACGGCGAGGAGUGCCUCUGCUCUGCUCUGUCUGCCUACGCAGCCGCCUGCACUGCCAGAGGAGUGAUGCUCAGCUGGAGGUCUCCCUCGCUCUGUGAGCUUGAGUGCACGGGAGGCCAGGCGUAUGAGGCCUGUGGGAGUGUGUGCGACCGGACGUGCCGCGCUCUGUCUGGCGCUGAGCCGGGCUGUCUGAAGGAGAGAGUGUGUGAGGAGGGCUGUUAUUGUCCCGCUGGAAAGUACCUGAGCGACUUCGGGGAGUGCGUGACUGCUGACCUCUGCACUUGCAUGCACGAUGGACAGCUUUACCAACCUAAUGAUGUUUACGCAGAUCACAGCAGCAUCUGCCACUGUGAGAACGGCUCCAUGCGCUGUAGCUCCCCAGAGAGUAACACUUUACUGUCUGACCUCUUCUACGAUGAUGACCCAGCACCAUCCAGAGACCGCCGGUCAGCACAGUGCCCACCUCCUCUCGUCCGUACAAACUGUGAUGGUGUAGGAAAAGGGCUUGAGUGUGCCAGAACCUGCCAGAAUCUGGAUCUGCCCUGCGUCAGCCUCGCCUGUAUCCCUGGCUGCCUCUGCCCCCCCGGCACAGUACGUCACCACAGAGACUGCAUCGCACCGGAACAGUGUCCCUGUUACCAUAACAACAGGCCAUUUGCAGCAGGACAGACUAUCUCUGUGGACUGCAACACCUGCGUGUGUGAGAACAGGAUGUGGCGUUGCACAGAGAGAGCGUGCGAUGGUGUGUGCCGCACUGUUGGGGAGGGGCAUUACAUCACUUUUGAUGGCCUCAAAUACUCGUUCCCUGGCCUCUGUCAAUAUGUCCUGGUCCAGGAUAUGUGUAACGGAGAAGAGAGUUCAUUCAGAGUGCUGGUGGAGAAUGAGGCCUGUGGAAUCGUGGGACAUCGCUGCGCAAAAGCUAUCACAGUCUUCUACCAGGGAGGGUUGGUUGUAAUGCAACAUGGAGAGGUGACGAUGAAGAGGCCGGUGCUACAGAACUCACAAGUGGAGAUUGUAAAAUCAGGUCGGUUUUACACAGUGCUGCUGGGAAAGCACAUUUCCCUCACCUGGGAUAAAGGAACUAGCCUCCUGGUUCACAUCUCAGCCACAUACAGGGGGAGGGUGUGCGGCCUGUGUGGUAACUUUGAUGGGAACGUCAACAACGACUUGGUGAGCAGUAACAACCAGCUCGAGGUCGACUCCUCACACUUUGGCAACUCCUGGAAGGUUGUUCCCAGCUGUGCAGAUGUAACACAGACACCUGCUCCCUGCAGCAACAACAUUGUCAAGCUGGUAACAGUUGAGCAGUCGUGUCGCGUGAUCAAUGGUCCACUCUUUAGAGAAUGCAACCGCGUGGUGGAUGCCGAGCCAUAUGUAGAUAUGUGUGUGGAGGCUGCAUGCUCUUGUCCAUCGGUGGGCGACUGUGCGUGUUUCUGUGAUGUCAUUGCGGCCUACGCACAGGCCUGUUCAGAGCAGGGUGUGUCCAUCAGCUGGAGAUCCAACGAACUUUGCCCCAUAAGCUGUGAGGAACUGAACCCAAGGAGCCUGAGUGCAGGGGAGCAGUUAUGCCAGUGGAGGUAUAAUGCUUGUGGCCCGGCCUGUCCCGUCACCUGCCAGCACCCAGAUCCCCUCCAAUGUUCGCUGGCAUGUGUAGAAGGUUGCCAUGCCUACUGCCCCCCAGGCCAGCUACUGGAUGAGGUGGCCAUGCGUUGUGUGGAUCCUUCUCAAUGUCAGGUGUGUAUCCAUGAGGGUCAGAGAAUUUCCCACGGCAACAAGGUCAUCGUGAACAACGAUAAUCCGGAGCACUGCAAGAUAUGUCACUGUGAAAACAACACACUGAGCUGUGAGGCGUGUGCCUCCUCUGCCAUGUUCACCACUCCCACACCAACACCUGUCAUCUACACAACCCUGCCCUUCACCACCUUGAUGCCCGAGGGCAUGUGUGACCGCGCUAUGGAUCUGGCAUUCCUACUCGAUGGUUCAGAAGCUCUGAGUGAAGAUGAAUUUCAAGCAGCCAAAGAGUUCAUACUGGGAGUGGUUGAACGGUUCCGCAUGGGCGCAGCUCACACUCGAGCCACGGUCCUGCUUUACCACUCUGGAGUGAAAACAUAUCAUCUGCAGGUUCAGAAGAGGCUGUUUAGGAAGACUGUAAAUGAGCUGCGUUACACAGGAGGCGAUGCGGCCUUCUUGGAUGAAGCUGUCAAGUACCUUGUUAUCAACAUCUAUGACAAGAACAAGCGUGACCAUGCUGGUCGCAUUGCCAUCAUCUUGACUGCUAGGGCCAACCCUCGCCCCGUCCGCGCCAUGGUCAAUUUGCUCCGGAGGAAAGCCAUCACCACCCUGACAGUAGCGCUCGGCCCCGGCGUAGACAUGAAGCAGAUUAAUGACAUCACCAAGUUCAACCCAGAAAACAGGGCCUAUGUGCUCAGCAGCACAAGUGAGCUGCCUGAACGUCUGUUGGAGCUGACAGAUUACCUCUGCACCUUGGGGAUGGAGCCUGAGGGGGAAAAACCUCAAACAACCACCACAACCCGGGCUCCCCGUCUGGAGCCUAGUCCGACCCGACACCUUCCCAACACUCCUGCGUCCACCUCCCCCUCCGGCCCGUCUCCCAUCAGCACAUCGCCGUCCUCCAUCUUUCCUACCACCGAUGUGACAAUCAUCCUGGAAGGCUCCGAUGCGGUUGGGGAGUCGAACUUCAACCAGUCGCUUCUCUUCCUGCGGGAAGUUGUCUCGCAGCUGACGGAGGAGAAGUCCAUUCGAAUCACUGUGAUCCAGUACUCAGAAACUGUCACCGUGGAGAUCCGCCGAUGGGAGUUGAGGCAGCAGACGUCCGUGCUGCUGCAGCAGCGCCUGAGCGAGAUACGUUGGAGGGGCGGAAGUCGGACCAACACGGGAGCAGCUGUCACGACCGCUGUUACAACUUUUCAAGAAACGGCUACGGUCCAGCCUUCACGCGGCCCAACCCCUCCUCAGCUUGUCUUCCUUGUGACAGAAAAUCCACCUACUGACACCGUGAGACGCCCGCCAUUUACCAGCACGCACACUCAAGUAUACCCCAUUGGUGUUGGACCAAAAAUACGUGAGACUGACUUGAGGUUAAGCUCACCUCCAUGGCCACUGAUGGUUGACGAGUACAGCAGCCUAUCGACCCUCGUACACCGAGUAGUGAACAUCACACGCUCCACCAUCAGGCCCCGCUUUCCUACGCUGUCACCCGUGGUCGUCCAAACUCCCUCCAGCCUGCCUCCCUCGGUGCCGUGUCAGAAGCCUCUGGAUGUGUUGUUCCUGUUGAAGGCAGGACGGCAGUUUGAGGACAUGAAGACGUUUGUGAAAGGUUUCAUAAAUAAGGCGGACAUAGGGUUGAAUGGCACUAAGGUGAGUGUGGUUCAGUAUGGAGACACCAACACAGCAGAGCUCACCUGGAAGGGUGAACAGAGCAAAUCGCAACUCCUGAACCUGGUGGGGAGGAUCCCAAGCAGAACCUCAGCUGCCCCUGCGCUGGGUUCCGCCCUGCGAUUCGCUCUGCAGACGGCCAUCUCGCCGGUAAGCGGUGGGAGAGUCGGCGUGGCCAAGGCUGUGGUGAUGCUAGUGACCGACACAUCCGCUGAUGAUGUGAAAGGAGCCGCAAACCAGGCACUGGCAGCAGGCGUAUCAGUGUUCCCCAUCGGGGUGGGGUCGGACUAUGACAGGAGUGAGAUUGCCAUACUCGGUCACCAUGGAAACCAAGACAACACUCUGCACUUGAACAGCAUGGAUCAAUUACUGAUGUUGGAGACUCUGGACAACAGUUACACAGAGAAAAUCUGCAGAGCUGGUCCACCAGGACAGUGUGUUGAUGAUAAUGGAAAUGAGAGAACGCCUGGUGAGUCAUGGCUGCUGGAGGACGGCUGCCACACUGUCCUGUGUCACCCCAGUGGGGCAGUGACAGUACAAAGCCACAAAGUCAGCUGUGACAAACUGGAGCCGCCGGCCUGCAAGAACAACAUGCCACCUGUCAGAGUCCAGGAGACCUGUGACUGCCACUGGGAAUGCCCUUGCAUGUGUAUGGGCAGCUCCACCAAUCACGUGGUGAGGUUUGAUGGCAUGGCACUUAGGCUGGAUGGGGAGGGUGUGUGCUCCUAUACACUUCUCACUGUCAGCGGAGGCAUCGGUGAAGGGUCGGAGGUGAAACUCCAUAGUGGGCCGUGUCAGAACUCGGCGAAUUACAACCAGGUCUGCAUGAAAGCCAUGGAGGUGAUCCACGGGCCACAUAAACUGCUGCUGAAGGAUGACAUGACGGCAGUGAUUGACAGGGAGGAACUCAGUCUGCCAUGGCGGUUUGCUGGCCUCGAGCUGGUGCGAUACGGAGGAGUGAUGCUGCAGCUCAAGUCCGACCACGGCUACGUCCUGACUUUCACUCCCCGCAGCAACGAGUUUACCAUCACACGGCACAGCUCCUCCACCGCAGGGGACACCGCUGGACUCUGCGGGGCCUGUGGGGAGGAGAAGGGCAGCGUCUUGUUGUUACGUAACGGAAGCUCAACCUCCGACCAGCCGGGCUUUGUCUCAGAUUGGACUGUUGCUGUAGACGAUGGUGUGUGUCUCCCAAAGCGCAGGGCCGUGUGUGUGCUUGGAGCGGCGAUGGGAUGUAAGGCCCUACGUUCGCAGGUAUUUGAGCCGUGCCAUGAUCACAUUCCUGUGCAGGUGUUCCUCGCUAAGUGUGAGGAGCAGGCAUGUGAGGAGUCAGAUGUGUGCGAGCUGGUUUCUGCCUACGCACGCCUCUGCAGACAGAGAGGUGUGUGUGUGGACUGGAGGAGCACUGACCUUUGCCCGUUACGAUGCCCGGGCUCCAUGGUGUAUGAUGCAUGUCGGACAGGGUGUGUGGAGGACUGUGGUAGCAUACAGACGUUGCCAGGCGACUGGUUGGUUGCCAGCGGCAACGAGUCAGCCUGUAUGGACACACCUACUGAGGGCUGUUUCUGUGCUAGAGGCACAGUUUUGCAUCACGGACAGUGUGUAUCGGCCGAAGCAUGCAGCCAGUGUGUCGACCAACAUGGACACGUGUAUCAGUACAUGCAGAGUUGGGUACCGGAUGAGAACCCAUGUUUGAUUUGCAUGUGUUUGGACCAACAAAACAUCAACUGCACUGCCCGGCCCUGCAAUGAUGUCAGAGCUCCAGUAUGUGGACCCUGUGAGAUCCUGAGAGAGAAGAGGGGUUCUCAGUGCUGCCCAGAGUACGAGUGCGCGUGUGAUCUGGUGACUUGUGACCUGCCUGAAGUACCCCGCUGUGAAGACGGGCAAGCUGCGGUUCUGAAAAACCCUGGGGAAUGUCAACCUAUACACGAGUGCGUCUGCAAAAAAGGAGAGUGUGCUCUUGAACCUCCCGCCGCUUGUGCCGCACAUCGUCAACUGUCGGUGAAAAAAACAAAGUGCUGCGACGUGUUUGAAUGUGUAUGCAACUGCCAGAACUCUACCCACACCUGCCCUGUGGGGUUCAUCGCAUCCUCCUCUACCAACGACUGCGGCUGCACAGACACCACCUGCCUGCCAGACAAGGUGUGUGUGGUUGGUGGCGUGGCUCACCCAGUGGGGAGUGAAUGGGAGGAGGUGUGUCAGAAGUGCAGAUGCACCCAGUUGCAGGACAAAGAUACGUCACUGCACAUUGCUCAGUGCACGCUACCCGUGUGUGAUCGUAACUGCCCUGAGGGCUCGACAUACACUCCAUUAAAAGGAGAGUGCUGUGGGAAGUGCAUAACGACCAGCUGUGUGGAGUCAAAGGGAGAGAUGCGAGGGGACACGCUGUUUGGGCAAACCCUCAGACGCGUGGGAGAGAUGUGGCCGUCUCCUCGUGACAAAUGUGUUUUACAUCAGUGUAUGAAAGUGAAAGACGAACUGUUCAUCUCUGCAACAAACGUCAGCUGCUCUGUUAUGGAAACGCCUUCCUGCCCGUUGGGAACAGAGUUACGCUGCAACACCCAGGAUUGCUGCCCCAGCUGCCACUGCGCACCCAUGGAUGUCUGUGUCCUCAACCACACUGUGAUAGGAGCAGGCGACAGGCUGAUGGUGGAUUUGUGCACGCACUGCGAGUGUAUCGUUGAAAAGGGUGCCGUGAAGAAAUACACUCUGUCCUGUAGGAGAAUCAAAUGUCCCACGUGCCCUAUGGGAUACACUCUGCAGAAGGAGGAUGAUGCUUGCUGUGGCCGAUGUGUUCCCACGACCUGCUUCAUGCAAAGGCCAGACGGGAAAAUGAUCACAGUGCAGGUGAACACCACCAGCGAAGAGGGUUGCAGCUUGUACACGUGUGGUGUAAACGGUAAAGGGGAUCUUGUCCUUCAAACGAGAGUGACCUCCUGCCCUCCUUUUGACCGUCAAACUUGCCUGGACCAAGGGGGGAAAAUUAGCCGGAUCGGAACAACUUGCUGUGAGAUGUGUGCCGAGCCAGAGUGUCGGAGGACAGUAGGAACACUUAACUACAUCAAAGUGGAUGAUUGCCAAUCAGAGCACCAGAUAGAACUGCACUAUUGUGAGGGCAAAUGUCGCAGUAAGUCCAUGUUCUCCCUGGAGACGGGUGCUGUGGAGCAGGAGUGCGUGUGCUGUGCUGCCGUGCAGACGGAGCCUCUCAGCGUUCCCGUCCUGUGUGCCAACGGCACUCGAGGCCAGCAGACUGUUCUGUCUGUCACGGCAUGCGACUGCAUGUCCAAGGACUGCACUUAGAGAAAGCCGGAGAGAGAGAGAGAGAGAGAUUAUAAAUUCAUACGCUGUAUGUGUAUCCAAGUAAAACUUACCCAUUUAUGAAACAAAUACAUAAAUAACAAUAAACAGAUGACUGACAGUUGUGACGACUAA